AUGACAGUCUUUGGUUGUCGUUUCUUAUCCAAGAUUCCCAACUCUUUAAUAUUUAGGCACACUCCUCACCUUAAUUUUCAAACACGUUCUCCCUUACAACUAAGAUGCUUCGCUUCGCUUCCACCCAUCCAUAACUUACCACCCCCGCCUCCUCGCGAAUUUAACCCCGAUGGAACCCCAAAGAAGUAUAGAAACGUAAAGCCCGUCUACAACCACAAGUAUAACUGGGAACACUGGACUCUAAGGCCGGCUGGAGUGUUUCACACAGUUCUCGUUGGCGAGUUUGGGAGACAGCACAGAGCUUGGGUUGCUUGGAUUCUUCAGUUCCCUACUUACAUCGCAGCUAUCCCUUGCAUAUUUAUUGUGUUUGUUGCGGCCUUUUUGAUCCAGAACUCUUUCUUAAUUGGUAUAAAGCCUAAGCGUUACACAAUCGAGUGGAUAAAUGCGGAGAAGGAGCGCGCUCUCGCUGAGAACACGAACCCUGUGACUAGGUAUUUGGAGCGUCGCAGAAGCGAGCGUGGAACUAACUGGGCUCUAAAGAACUACAUGCCAAGUCAUCCUUACUUUCUGUUUCUGGGCGACUACUAUCACGACCCCGACUCCGAAACCUCUUCAGACUAA